AUGGCCCCAAAAGGAAAGAAAGUUGCCCCAGCUCCAUUAGCCACCAAGUCUACCAAGACCACUGCUGCUAAGAACCCAUUAUUGGACUCUACCCCAAAGAACUUCGGUAUUGGUCAAGCCAUCCAACCAAAGAGAAACUUAUCUAGAUUCGUCAAAUGGCCAGAAUACGUUAGAUUACAAAGACAAAAGAAAAUCUUGUCUUUAAGAUUAAAGGUUCCUCCAACCAUUGCUCAAUUCUCUAACACUUUAGACAAGAACACUGCUGCUCAAGCUUUCAAAUUAUUCAACAAGUACAGACCAGAAACUGUUGCUGAAAAGAAGGAAAGAUUAACCAAGGAAGCCGCUGCUAUUGCUGAAGGUAAGACCGCUAAGGAUGUCUCUCCAAAGCCAGUUGUCAUCAAGUACGGUUUAAACCACGUUGUCUCUUUAGUUGAAAACAAGAAGGCUAAGUUAGUUUUAAUUGCCAACGAUGUUGACCCAAUUGAAUUAGUUGUUUUCUUACCAGCUUUAUGUAAGAAGAUGGGUGUCCCAUACGCUAUUGUAAAGGGUAAGGCUAGAUUAGGUACUUUAGUCCACAAGAAGAACUCUGCCGUUGCUGCUUUAACUGAAGUUAACUCUGCUGAUGAAGCUGAAUUAUCUAAGUUAGUUUCUACCAUCAACGCUAACUUCAUUGAAAAAUACGAAGAUAACAGAAGACACUGGGGUGGUGGUAUCAUGGGUUCUAAGGCUAACGACAAGAUCGCCAAGAGAGCUAAGGCUGCCGCUGCUGCUGGUUCCGUUAACUAA